AUGAAGUCUACACAGGUUUUCUUGGUUAUUGCUAUCCUAACGUUUACCCUGGCCAGCGUGUACUCUGCCGCACAAAGUUGUAACGAAGACGAGCACUUCCUUGAAUGUGGUCCCAAGCAGGAAAUAAGCUGUGCGAUACGUAAUAUUCCCGUUGACCCCAAUGAUUGCUAUCCGGGUUGUUUCUGCAAACCAGGAUUCCUAAGAGACGUUGAAGGUGGAGUGUGCGUCACUAGACAGGGAUGUCCCACAUAG